UCCACAGGAUGGAUAUGAGGUGCACAAUGAAUUAACUGCUUCUGCGGUAAAGUGUAAUCUUCAGGCUACAUUGUUCACUUAACAAGAGAGUGACCACAAUAUUGCCACAAUGGAUGACCGAAGUAACGACGCUACAGCAGAGCUGGAAUAUGGUGUUCAACAUGGUGACGAAGCGAUGGUGUUGGACGCCCUCGCUCGUGGCGCCGACGUCACCAUAACAACUAAGAUGGAUAAUGAACAAUCAGGCUGCUUGUUGUGUCUGGCAGGGAAAGUGGGUCACGCCCAGCUGGUGCCUCACCUUCUAGCAGCUGGUCUUAAUGUAAAUGGCUCAGGAGAGUCCUUGCUGACACCAAUAUACGUAGCAGCACGUCAUGGUCAUGAUCAGGUGCUGAGAGAACUGCUCAAAGCUCAGCCCAACUUAGAAGACAAGAAAUAUGAAGGAGCUGGAAUAUGGUGUUCAACAUGGUGACGAAGCGAUGGUGUUGGACGCCCUCGCUCGUGGCGCCGACGUCACCAUAACAACUAAGAUGGAUAAUGAACAACCAGGCUGCUUGUUGUGUCUGGCAGGUAAAGUGGGCCACGCCCAGCUGGUGCCUCACCUUCUAGCAGCUGGUCUUAAUGUAAAUGGCUCAGGAGAGUCCUUGCUGACACCAAUAUACGUAGCAGCACGUCAUGGUCAUGAUCAGGUGCUGAGAGAACUCCUCAAAGCUCAGCCCAACUUAGAAGACAAGAAAUAUCAAGGUAAGAGCGCUCUUCACGUAGCAGCAGCGGCUGGUCAUAUAGAUUGUGUGAAGAUUCUCCUUGCUGCUGCUGAUCCCAAGUGUCAGACUGAUGAUGGAUGGACACCUCUACACUAUGCUGCAAGAUUCAACCGUACUGGAAUUCUUCAACUUUUAUUAAAUGAUUUACGCUGUGAUCCAAAUGCUAAAAAAAAAAAUCACAACUCUGCACUACCCUCUGUUGCUGGAUUAGAAGGUGGAACAGCUCUUCACAUAGCAGCUGCGGAGGGUCAUGAUGAUUGUGUUAAGAUGCUGCUUGAUGCUGGUGCUGACGUCAACUGUCAGAAUGAUGAUGGCUGGACACCACUACACUAUGCUGCUGAUGCGGAGGGUCAUGAUGAUUGUGUUAAGAUGCUGCUUGAUGCUGGUGCUGACCCCAACUGUCAGGAUAAUGAUGGCUGGACACCACUACACUAUGCUGCUGCUGCUGGUCAUGAUGAUUGUGUUAAGAUGCUGCUUGAUGCUGGUGCUGACGUCAACUGUCAGGAUAAUGAUGGCUGGACACCACUACACUAUGCUGCUGCUGCUGGUCAUGAUGAUUGUGUUAAGAUGCUGCUUGAUGCUGGUGCUGACGUCAACUGUCAGGAUAAUGAUGGCAGGACACCACUACACUAUGCUGCUGCUGCUGCUGGUCAUGAUGAUUGUGUUAAGAUGCUGCUUGAUGCUGGUGCUGACGUCAACUGUCAGGAUAAUGAUCGCAAGACACCACUACACUAUGCUGCUGAGAAGGGUCAUGAUGAUUGUGUUAAGAUGCUGCUUGAUGCUGGUGCUGACGUCAACUGUCAGGAUAAUGAUCGCAAGACACCACUACACUAUGCUGCUGAGAAGGGUCAUGAUGAUUGUGUUAAGAUGCUGCUUGAUGCUGGUGCUGACGUCAACUGUCAGGAUAAUGAUCGCAAGACACCACUACACUAUGCUGCUGCUGCUGAGGGUCAUGAUGAUUGUGUUAAGAUGCUGCUUGAUGCUGGUGCUGACGUCAACUGUCAGGAUAAUGAUCGCAAGACACCACUACACUAUGCUGCUGCUGCGGAGGGUCAUGAUGAUUGUGUUAAGAUGCUGCUUGAUGCUGGUGCUGACGUCAACUGUCAGGAUGAUGAUGGCAAGACACCACUACACUAUGCUGCUGCUGCUGCUGGUCAUGAUGAUUGUGUUAAGAUGCUGCUUGAUGCUGGUGCUGACGUCAACUGUCAGGAUAAUGAUGGCUGGACACCACUACACACUGCUGCCAGGUUCAACCACACUGGUGUUAUUCAAGUGUUGUUAAAUGAUCCACGAUGUGAUCACAACGCUAAAGAUAAUAACUUCGUCACUCCACACACUGCUGCCAGAAUUCAAGGUACUGUGGUAAAAAUUAUGUUUUCCUUACAUACAAACACACAGUAAAAAUAGUAUUAUAA